AUGAAGUCAAUCACACUUCUCCUGGUCUUGCUGGCUGCCCUGUGCUGCAGCUACGCCGCCGCAGAUUGCAGCGUGAGCGUCCAGCAGACUCUGGGAAGCGCGUGGAAGCAGGAUGGCGUGGACAUGUCCCAGUGGAACGCGCAGCUCACCGCCGGCUCGGCCGCCGUCAAGUCCGUCCAACUGGCCAUCACCGGCGCCGGCGGCUUCACCCAGCUCUGGGAGCUGACCCGCACCAGCGCCGGCCUCUACGUCCUGCCCGACUACAGACUGCAGAGCGGCGGCCUGCCCGCCGGCCAGGUCCACCAUUUCGGCUACAUUUGGAAAUCGGCCUCGCCCGCCACCAUAACCGUCGCCUCCAUCGACUGCGGCUCCGCCUCGGCGUCGCCCUCGCCCUCGCCAGCCCCUUCCAGCCCGAGCUCGUCGCCUUCGCCAUCGGCCGCCCCCGCGUCUCCGUCGGCGGCUCCGUCGAUCGUGGCCACGCCCCAGCCGAGCCAGCCUCCCAGCGGGGACAACGGCUGCAGCGCCAUCGUCGAGCUCACGGCGCGGUCGGCCGCCAACGGCGGCGUGUGGACUGACGCCGCCGGCCGCACGUACCAGAUCUUCCAGGUUCUGAUCACCAACCGGGGUCAGCGCCCGGUCAACGGUGGGGUGAUCACCUUUGACCUGGUCAAUGGUGCCGAGAUCUCCCAGUACUGGGAGCUCAAUAGGCAGGGCCCGACGAGCCCCGCCUUCAACAUCGCGUUCAACUACGGUCAGCUGCAGCCGGGAGCGAGCCAGGGCGCCGGCGUGGUGGUGAGCUCGGCCGCCAAGCCCAGCUUCACCCUGAGCUCGGUAGCCUGUGCCUAA